GACCGCGAGAGGGCCAAAAGCAUCCCUCGAUCCCCUGAUGUGAAAGCAAUCGAGAUCUACCGAGAUGAGGCAUCUAGUCACAGCAUCCCUGUUGCUCCUGGCGGCCGUGGGAGUGCGUAUGGGCGUGCGUGGGCGUCCUCAGGAUAUGAGCGCGGAGGACACCCACAAGAGAUACGUCUUGGCGGAACCACCCAGGCGAGAGGCUGAACAGAGGAACUUCAGCUUCUGGGGGAGAGGCGCAGGAGGAGGCGCAGGAGGAGGCGCAGGAGGAGGCGGAGGAGGGUCUGCCGAGCGCCGUCCUAAUCUCCCGUGGCAGACGUCGCCGAGGACCCCGACUCACAAGCGGCGCCCCCCGCAGCGGCACAACCUGCGGGUGCACUCCUUCCAGAGCACCUUCCCCUUCGAGUCGGAGGUGCGCGGCGAGGGCUACCACUCCACCAUCCGCUUCGACCCCUUCGGCAGCUCCUUGCCCCCGCAGAGCAGCCACUACCCGAAGAGCCAGACGUAUGGCAACUGGGGCACGACGCGGCGCCCGAGGCCCGUGGCGUCGGCGGAGAUCCCAGGGCCUCUUCCGGUCCCUAACCCCGCGGCCUACGCCAGCGCCGAGGUGUACAGCAACGGCGAGAGCUCGGGGCGUCUGCCGCUGGCGCCGACGGAGUUCCCGAGGCCCUUCCCUGACCCCUCGAUCCGGGCGUCGAUUCAGAACACCAGGUACCCGAGGCCGCCGCCCGCGCGCCCAUUCCUCAACCCGGGCAACUUAGCGGGGCUCCUGGAGGGGGGCAGCCUGGGGGAAGCCAUAACCCCGAUCUCCGCCCCGGCCGAUCUCACCACCGACGCCACGCCCCUGUCGCCGUCCGCGUCCAGGGAGGUCGUCUCGGGCCGCCCCUCGCGCGAAGACGUCGACAUCGACUACCCCAGCGUUGCCAACGUGUUCGACGACCGCCCGAGCCAACCUCGCGGCGAGCAAAUUGCCGCGAAUGAAGCCAACAGCGAACCACGGCACGAAGCUCCGGAUCACAAAGAAGCCGAUACCGAACCCCAACACGAAGCUUCGGAUCACAACGAGGCCGACCACAACUCUUCGGCCGGAAUUGCACCCGAAGCGUCCAUUGAGGUUGCCGUUUCGACCCCGCUCCCUCCUCCUGCCGACGUCGAAAACCAGGGACAGAACCCCGACCCGUCCCAGGAGUCCUUCGCAGACCGUCCUCUCACUCCUGAAGGAUCCAAGGCCGAAGCAGCACAUGACUACGAUCCCGAUUACUAUGAUAACUUGUACGAUGAGUUCAUGGACAUGUACUACGACCAGACGGGGGCUGACGGGGGCGAGGGGCCGAGCAGUCCCCCCUCUCCUCCCGAAGACCACGAGGAGCAUCCGGGCCGCAGCAUACCGUCGACCACAACUUCUUCGAGUACAAAUCCACCAACGACAACAUCAACGACUACACCAACAACUACCACAUCAACUGAGCCUCCCACGACAACGACCACAACAACCACUACAACAACACAACCUCCCACAACGACCACAACAUCUACAACGACGCCGCCGCCUACCACUACUACUACCACUACAACAACACAACCUCACAACCUCCCACAACGACCACAACAACCACUACAACAACACAACCUCCCACAACGACCACAACAACCACUACAACAACACAACCUCCCACAACGACCACAACAACCACUACAACAACACAACCUCCCACAACGACCACAACAACCACUACAACAACACAACCUCCCACAACGACCACAACAACCACUACAACAACACAACCUCCCACAACGACCACAACAACCACUACAACAACACAACCUCCCACAACGACCACAACAACCACUACAACAACACAACCUCCCACAACGACCACAACAACCACUACAACAACACAACCUCCCACAACGACCACAACAACCACUACAACAACACAACCUCCCACAACGACCACAACAACCACUACAACAACACAACCUCCCACAACGACCACAACAACCACUACAACAACACAACCUCCCACAACGACCCACAACGACUACAACCACCACCACAACACCCCCGCCCACGACUACCACCACAACUACGACUCCUGCAACUACAACAACGCAGAGAACAAAAGCAAGAACAACUCCCACGAACAAGAACGCAGCCGUGGCAAGAGGCGGCACUCCGAUCAGCCUCUCGGAGAUCCUGCAGGGCAUGGGCAUGGUCCUCCCUCAGUUCCUGGUGGCGCUGACGGGCGAGGGCAUGUCCCUGAAGGAGUUCACGACGAGUCUCCAAGCCCGGGGACUCACGCAGAGGGAAUUUAGCAGCGUCAAGGGGAGCAUCCAGGACCUCCUUGCAAUGUUGAAAGAAAAUGACAGCGCAGAGGUUAAGGAAGAGCAGACUGAACGCACGACCACCACGAGUACAACGACUACGACUACCACUACCACCACGACCCCAACCACAACGUCUACCACCUCCACGACCACCACGACCGCCAGACCAACGACGACCCGGCCGACCACACCAUCUCGUCCGCCCAAGAUUUUUGGCUUCCUGCCCGGCGGGAGGCUGUCCUUCGAGGGCGCGAAGAAGCCAGGGAACUCGUCCACUGAGGAGGAGGCGGGGAAGGGCGCGGGCGAGGGCGUGCAGGCGAGCGAGGAAGGGGACGCGGAGACGCCUGCGGGAGCAGGUGCGGACGAAGGCAAGAGCCCCAUCCCGAUAAAGGUGGACCUCGCGGCCAUCAUGAAGGACAAGGGCCUCUCCGCUUCCGACAUCCUGCACGACCUCGGCUCCCUCUUCAGCCUCACGGACAGCGGCCCCUCCAAGGGCGGCGCCGCGGCGGCGAAGGAGAAGCCGAGCCCGGCCGAGGAGGGCAACGCCGAGGAGGGAGGCGACGAGGCCGAGCCGAGGCCGCGCCCCUACACCACCCCCGAGACGCCCGUGUCCCUCCGCCCGUACCGGACCUCCGCAGAGUCCGGACGGCGUCCCCCGCGCCCCUACAGACCCCUGGGGCACGAGGGCGGUCGUAGCGACGGCAACUACCGCAGGAUCCUGACGAACCGCUUCCAGACGACCGCGCGCACGACCCUGCGGCCGCCGUACGUGCCUCCGCCCUACGACCCCGAGAGCGACCUGUCCUCGCUGCUCGACGUCCUCCACAACUCCACCACCACCUCCGAGGACGGCAGCCUGUCCUUCGGGCUCUCGCGCGCCGGCGACAGCGCCUCCCCCGGCCACUCCUACGGCGACGAGUCCCGGUCGAGGCCGCUGGAGAACGACUCCUUCCCCUUCUCCGACGACGACCCCAACGCGCUCAACAUGUCCACCAAGAGCGCCAUCAUGGCCGCGUCCGUCCUCGGCGGCGUGGCCAUGUGCGUGUUCCUGGCCAUCCUGGUGGUGGUGAUGUACAGAGGGCGCGCCAGGAACCGCCGCGUGCCCCUCGCCCUGCCAAGCGACGCCUCCUCGUCGUCCACGCCGCCCAUCUACUCCACGAGGAUGAGCGUGGGCAAGGGCGCCUACAAAUCCGCCGGCUUCUGGGGGACACUCAAGAAGAGGUUCGACCCCUACUCCCUCAGCUCCACGCCCACCACCAUGUCCUGAGCUCGGUGGGCGUGAGGGGACGGACGCGUGCUUGUGGGCGUGAGUUAAGACUCGUGCUUGCGGGCGUGAGUUAAGGGACUCGUGCUUGCGGGCGUGAGUUAAGACUCGUGCUUGCGGGCGUGAGUUAAGACUCGUGCUUGCGGGCGUGAGUUAAGAGACUUGUGCUUGUGGGUGUGAGUUAAAGGACUCAUGCUUGCGGGCGUCUCACAGGACCUAAUGACAGUGUUGUUGCAUGGCUGUGGGUCGUUUUUUUGCCAUAAUCCGAGGGCGUGUGUUGAAGUGUUUUGCAAUAAUUCUUCCAGAGCAACAUUGCGUGAUAUUACUGCACCAACUGUUUUCUUGCAACAGAAUUUCUGAGUGAAACUUCGAAGAUAUGUUAUUGCUAUUAAUAC